AUGGCUGGCUAUGUCGGGUCCCAGUCGCACUCUGGUUCGGUAACCACUGAAGAUGUCAAUCGGAUUCUGCAGACGUCACCGGAUGAGGUGUUUGCAUUUAGUUCUGAUGGCCAGACCUACACUUCGCCAAGAUGUCUCAUCGGCACUCCAGUGCGCAAGAUCACUGAGAGUGACGAUUAUUGGAAGCCGGGAUGGCAAACUAUCGAGUCGUUCUUCGCUCAGGAGGAAAACGAGAAGAAGGCCAAAGCUGAGGCGGAUGAGCGACGGCUACGCAACCCUUUGGAUAAACGUGCUGCCAAAGACUUCAAAAUCCACUCUGACAACGUCUGCAAGCACAAGAAAAUCAGAGAGAUAUUCGGCCCAGAGACAAGCUACCAUCCAAACCAGUUGGUGUCCAAGCACCAUCUACCUGCAGAUGGACUUUGCCAUAUGGACAUCAUGUACAAACUUGCCUGCAAGAUAUCGGAUCUCAAGUUUCUCCAAGAUCGAGGGGAACUUGUUAUGGACCCGUUGGAUUUCAUCAGAUGGAGAGUCGCGUUGAAACUCCAGCCGAAACUUUUGUUUGCGGCACAGAGUGGUCGUGAGAAUAUCCGGGCCAUCAUCUCUCAAAUAUUUGAGAGCCCUGGAACAGCCUCUUCCCCUCGUCCGUAUCAUGAUCCCCUGCUUCGCGCGGCCAUCAUUCGAUCAGCUGGUUAUCAGGGCCGUCUGAACAGCUACGGCAAGCCCAGCGACAAACGCAAGGUGGUCAACAACCCUUCUACAAACACUUCUAGCAUCAGAGCCAGGCCUCAAUCCACGUUGACUCACAGACCAGUCAACCCCUCGCGAGUUGAGAAACGUCAAAAGGCAUCUUCUCAGCCCAGCGUAUACCGAGGUGUCAACGCAUUCCGAGCCCAACAACAAGCUCGCCAGAAUUCACUGGAUGAUCCCAAGCAUUGA